UCUCCGCCGUGAUUGGUGGAGCGCUGCCGCAUGGUUUGCCUCGCGACGGUUCACCAAGGCUCGUGACGUUCCUUGGCUUUUUGGAGCAACUAAAACAAAAGACAACAUUUUGGACUUGUUUUCUUUCUUUGUACUCGCUUUAGACGCGACGCCGCCGCCAUGGACGCCCACGGAGCUACGUCGCCGUCCGGUUCCGAGUCCGCGGUCCAUGACGACGAGGAUGAAGAAAGACAUGCAUCUCAUGUUCACUGCUAACUUCAAAGUCAGCAUCUCAUUACCUCGCCGUCACGAUUUCCCAGACAGAUUUUCAAAUGAAAAUGGAGAAUUUGCCCCUUUCAGGCCCGGACAACACCCGGCUGGAGGCCUUGGUCCAUGACGUUUACUCGGAGCUGGUGGAAGACGCCUGUUUGGGCCUUUGUUUCGAGGUGCAUCGAGCUGUGAAACAUGGAUAUUUCUUCCUGGAUGAAACCGAUCCGGAAAGCACAAAGGAAUUUGAAAUUGUGGAUCAGCCGGGCCUGGAUAUCUUCGGCCAAGUGUACAACCAGUGGAAAAACAAAGAGUGCGAGUGUCCCAACUGCAAGCGACUUAUCGCCGCCUCUCGCUUCGCCCCCCACCUGGAGAAAUGUCUGGGCAUGGGCCGUAACAGCAGCCGCAUCGCCAGCCGCAGGUCGGCCCGGAACGAAACGCUGGCCAGCAGCAACAACACCAACAACAACGUCAGCAAGUCCGAGAGCGACCAGGAGGACAACGACGACCUCAACGAUAACGACUGGUCUUACGGCGCCGAGAAGAAAUCCAAGAAGAGGAAGUCCGAUAAGAAUCAAAACUCACCUCGCCGAUCCAAAUCCCUGAAGCAUAAGAAUGGUGAGCUCGGGACCGGAGCAGGCUCAGAAGCUUUCAAGUACAACUACAAUGCCGGUAUCAGUUACGAAAGCCUGGCGCCCGAGGAAGUGAGAUCGCUGUUGACCACGCAAUGUGGAGUGAUAUCUGAACACACCAAGAAAAUGUGCACCAGGUCUCAGAGAUGUCCCCAACACACGGACGAGCAGAGGAGGGCCGUCAGGGUGUUCCUCCUGGGGCCUUCUGCGUCGUCUCUGCCCGAUGGCACGGUGGAGAGUGAGACCUUUGACCUCCCUGACAGCAGCCAGAGCGUCAUCAGCCGCCUCCAGUGGGAAGACUCCCCCGAUACUUCCCCCACUGACUCCGCCUCCUCCCGAGCCAGCACAAACCAUUCGGACCCUCGCAGGCCCAAGAGGAAGAAGCGAAGCUCUCUGGCUCUGACAAGUGCAGGGGGAGCUGACGCAGGAAGUGGAAGCUCUCAGAGUAACAGCAGCUUGCCCAGCAAAAAAAAGAGACCCAAACUCUCCGCACCUUCAAUCUCCAGCGUCUUCGACGACUUAAACUAGCAAGGACUUUGGACAGAAGACGAUGCGUUCAGGUGACAAUUGUUUUCCCCUCGUUUUGGGCACAGCUGGUGAGUUCUGCACACACCAUCAUGUCAUUUCACUGCUGGUUUUUAUGUGGCAUUUCCACAUCCUUCAAUGUGACCACUUUGUAAAGUCUCUUUUUAUACACUUGGUGUCAAAGACCAUGGCUACUGAUGGUCACAUGUGACAUGUUCUUUUUGCACAUUUCAUCUUAGUGUUGGUGCACUGUCGACCAACACAAUUAACUGGAUAAAGCACACAAUGAUCCCAUUUGGAAUAUAGUUGUAUAUAUUUUUAUAGUCCAGUGCAGUUUUGUAAAGUGCCAUUGUAGUGAAUGGUGGUCAAAGUAGUGAUGUUUGGAAAUAAACCAAGACCGGGAGUACACAUUUUUAAAAUUAUUUUAAUUGGAGAUGUCACUAAAGUUCAGGACUCCUCCAAAUCUUAUUUAAAUAAUAUUUUAAGUGCUAGAUGCAGCUUCAUUGGAUUCAUUCCUUCUUUUGGUUUAUUUACAGCAAAUACACAAUGUACACACAAGUGAUGACACAAAGGAAACUAACAAACAAAUUGCACAAGUGAGCAGGCCUCUGCUUUAGUUCUCAUUAGGGCUGAGCGAUAAAACCAUCUAUCGCCAUUGACAUGUAAUAUCAAAAAAAAGUUUUCUUCGGAAAAAAAGUUGCAAAGCAAGGUUGGUUGCGUGAACAAAGGCACCUGCUCUUUUGAAACCAGGCAACACACUUAACAGCCAAUUAGAUAACAGGAUCAAAUAUCAGUUUGGUGGUGCCAUCUUGUUUUCUUUGCAUGGAGUACGAAGAGAAAGUAAAAAUCAAAAAUAUUGUUCAUAAAACAGGAAAAGUCGGCUCAACAAUAUGGCAGGUUUUUUUUUAGGAACCGUAGUCAGACCAAUGUGGUCUGUGAAUGAUGCAAGGCGCUGAUCCCCACCAAGACCGUUAAUGCCACACCCCCUUAGCCGCCCACACCUUUUAGAGCACAGCAAGCAUUAAACCUGUGGAAAAUAGUUCUUAUCAGGUUUCUCUGUGUUUACAUUUUCACACUUUGCACUAUUUUGUUACACUUUAUUAAGCAUUUCUUACAUACUCCUUAUUUUUGCACCUUCAUUUUAAGAGCUUAUUGUUUUAAUGUGAUUUUAAUAUUUUGUUCACAUUGAGUGUUGUGUUGACAUUUCCUUUCUGCCUUGAUAGCUGAGGGGUUACGCUUUAAAUAAAAAUGUUUACAUUUUA